GCGAACAGCUGACGGGGAGGAGGAGGCGGGACUUGGAUUUUAAAGCUUUGACGUCACGGGAGAUUGUUUUGCGCUUGUGCGACUUGGUCAACCGGCUGUUCUGUGGAACCGGGGCCCCGGCUGUGCUCAAGACGGACCUCGUCUGCACAUAAAGAUGUGUUACAUGGAACUGUUACACGUAUGAUCACCCACCUUUACUGCCAACUAACCUGGAACUUUAUGAAGAUUCCUUUUAGGUAAUUUCCCUGUAAAGCAGGAAGCGUAGCAAAGGGGUAACUAACGUGCCAAAAAGAACAAGCAACCAUGGUGCAGAAAUACCAGUCACCCGUCCGCGUGUAUAAACAUGGCUUUGAGCUGAUUAUGGCCGCGUAUGUGCGUCGUUUCCCCACCUGCCCCCUUAUCCCCAUGUUUGUUGGCAGCGAUCUAAUGAGCGAAUACAAGAGUGAGGAUGGAGCUGUACAUAUCAUGGAGAGACGCUGCAAGCUGGAUGUGGAUGCGCCGCGCCUCUUGAAGAAAAUUGCUGGAGUGGAUUAUGUUUACUUUAUCCAGAAGAACUCUCUAAAUCGCCAGGAACGUACUCUGCACAUUGAGUCUUACAAUGAGUCGUUCUCUAGCCGGAUUAUCAUCAAUGAGCACUGCUGUUACACUGUACACCCUGAUAAUGAAAACUGGACUUGCUUCGAACAGUCGGCUAGCCUGGAUAUCAAGUCCUUCUUUGGAUUUGAGAGCACUGUGGAAAAGAUUGCAAUGAAGCAAUACACAACAAACAUAAAAAAGGGUAAAGAAAUCAUUGAGUAUUACUUGAACCAGUUGGAGCAGGAGGGUAUCACCUCCAUGCCUCGCUGGACUCCUGAAAUUGCUCAGCAGCAAGAAACCAAAACAGAUACCUCAGGCCGGGCAUUGUCUCCUCCUCAGAGCAUACCCACCAAAUCUGCCGAUGGGCCCAGCAGCAAGGAUGGCUUAGCAUCCAGCCCCACUGCUGCAACCCAGGAACUGAGCAGCACACCUGAUGACAAACUUGAUGCAGAUUACAUUAAGCGUUACUUGGGAGAUCUCACCCCUUUGCAGGAAAGCUGCCUAAUUCGCCUACGUCAGUGGCUACAGGAAACCCACAAGGGCAAAAUUCCAAAAGAUGAGCACAUUUUGAGAUUUUUGCGAGCACGGGACUUCAACAUCGACAAAGCUCGGGAAAUCUUAUGUCAAUCCCUCACCUGGAGAAAGCAGCACCAUGUGGACUACCUGCUAAGCACAUGGGACCCUCCCCAGGUGUUACAUGAUUACUAUGCCGGAGGCUGGCACCACCAUGACAAAGAUGGCCGCCCACUAUAUGUGCUGAGGCUCGGACAGAUGGAUACCAAGGGUCUGGUCAGAGCACUUGGGGAGGAGUCCCUCCUCCGACAUGUGCUGUCUAUCAACGAGGAAGGACUAAGGCGCUGUGAAGAGAACACUAAAAUCUUUGGACGCCCCAUCAGCUCUUGGACCUGUCUAGUUGAUCUAGAAGGUCUAAACAUGAGGCAUCUGUGGAGACCAGGAGUCAAAGCCUUGUUGCGCAUUAUUGAAGUGGUUGAAGCAAAUUACCCAGAGACCCUUGGUCGGUUACUGAUCCUGCGGGCUCCCAGAGUCUUCCCAGUGCUUUGGACUCUGGUCAGUCCCUUUAUUGAUGAGUAUACCAGAAAGAAAUUUCUUAUUUAUGCUGGGAAUGAUUACCAAGGCCCAGGCGGGUUGAUAGAUUACAUUGACAAAGAGGUCAUUCCUGACUUCCUGGGAGGGGAGUGUAUGUGUGAAGUUCCAGAGGGUGGACUGGUCCCUAAGGCCCUGUACAGGACACCAGAAGAACUGGAGAAUGAUGGUAUCCGAUUGUGGACAGAGACCAUAUAUCAAUCUGCCAGUGUGUUUAAGGGAUCACCACAUGAGAUAAUGAUUCAGAUAGUUGAUGCCUCCUCUGUCAUUACCUGGGACUUUGAUGUGUGUAAAGGGGACAUUGUGUUCAACAUCUACCAUUCCAAGAGGGCCCCCCAGGCACCGAAGAGAGAUCCACUUGGAGCUCAUGGCCUCACGUCUCCCAUGGGCAACAACGUGCAGCUGAUUGACAAGGCUUGGCAGUUGGGGCGGGAUUACAGUAUGGUGGAGUCUCCGCUAAUCUGCAAGGAAGGAGAGAGUGUGCAGGGUUCCCAUGUGACUCGCUGGCCGGGUUUUUACAUCGUUCAAUGGAAGUUCCACAGUAUGGCAGCCUGUGCCAGCAGUAGUCUUCCUCGUGUAGAGGAUGUGCUCGCCUCCCUUCAGGUCUCCUCUCACAAGUGCAAAGUCAUGUAUUACACAGAGAUCAUUGGCUCCGACGAUUUCAGGGGCUCCAUGACCAGUCUGGAAUCCAGCCAUAGUGGCUUCUCUCAGCUCAGCGCUGCCACCACCUCCUCCAGCCAGUCUCACUCCAGUUCCAUGGUUUCCAGAGAGCCCCUCCCUCUGUCUGAAUCAGUGAUCCCCUCUCUUGUUUACGCCCAAGACCUGAAGUCCGACCCGGAUGGGCUCCUCCGUUUCUCUCCUUCUUUCUGGGGCCAGCACUUUUCUACUCUCUACACUCUCAGACCCCCCGUCUUCCUGCGCUGGCCCCCGUCCUGGCGCCUCCCAUUCAUCCGGGAGCCUGGGGGUCCUCCUGCCAUCGAAACAGAGAGCACCGACACUUCCUGAGAUUAGAGGGGGGUAUGCAGUCUCUCUUGUCUCUCAGGUGCUGCUCUUUCCUACAACAGAAAGGCACCCCAACAUGGAACUGUCUGCAUCGUGGUUGUGUCUUCAUUUUUCCAUUAUAGGAGGGGGCAUGUGAUACUCUGGCACCCCAUACUCUUGCACUUACCUGAGUACUGUGAUAUCCUUAGGCAAUACACACGGAGCAUUACUGCAUGCAGGAGUAGGUAAGAUCAGCCAAGUCAUUGCAUAUUCAUAUCUGUUUGUGGUGUGGCUGCUACUGGCACAAACUUCAGGGCACAGGGCGUAAAGCAAAAUCCAUUAGAUUUCUGAGCCAUAGUCUUUUACCAAACUCCCUGUGACUUAAAUACCCUCUGUAGUCAGUCCCAGUCCCAACAGCAUCUGUAGAGUCCUAUAAAGAAUGGGCUACGAGUCCUUUGCCCCUUCCGUCUGCUGUUAAAGUUCUGAACUUCUGGCAGAGGUGCAGUUGACAUGUUUGACCAUAUCUAGUGACUGUUACUUUUGGGAUAUGUGGCCUAAUGUGUAACCCACUAUGAAUGUAGGAGUUAAAAGGCCAAGUCAGUUGUAUAGGCUCUGAACUAAAAGUGGUAAAUCUCCCCUAAUAUUUUACCCUGCACCCUAGUGAACAAUCCUUAUGCAGGGCUGUGUGAUUUCUUAUAUACGUCCCUAAAUUUAUUCUGGUCUUGUAUAGCCUUGACAUUUGAUUUGCUUCACAGGUGCCAUCUGACUUCAGGUAUUGUAAUAAAGGAGGGGUAACAUACUGCACAACAACAUACAGGGGGUGCCGGCAUGCUCUUCAACCAUCACUUACACUGCAUGAGUAAAACCUUUUCUAGCACCAAUCCUUUAUCAUGUGUGAUGCAGAUGUCACUUUAUUCCUGAAUAUAAGGGCUGAUUACUCCUGUGCAAGGGCUGUGCCCUGCCUGCUGGGUCCCCUCUACAUACACCCCCUUUCCCUUGUCGUCCCACUCGCACGACAACCUGCAUCACUGUCACACACCCUCCCACAUGUGUUUAUGUGGAUAAAUGGGUAUCUUUUUAAAAGCACAUUCUCUAUUGGUAGUGGGGUUUAUACUGUUCCUGUAUCUGGGGAUCCUCACUGCCUGGCACUGGAAGGGAUUCAUCCAAGAAGGUCCAAUCUGCUAAUGUCCUGCUGCAAAUUGAACUACAACUCCCAGCAUCCACUGUAGUUCAGCCACAGCUGGAGAGCGGCAGGCUCAACCCUCUGGAUAAAUACCAUACAACACUUAUCUCUCUCUCCUUUUAUUUCAUUUUUUCUUCUUAAUUCUGCCUCUGAGUUUACCUUUUUAUAUAAACCUGUAACUGAUGCAUAUCAGUCGUCUACUAUGGAGUUUAACUUGGAACCUCACUCUCUCUGUUGUAUAACCAUUAAUUUAAACUACAUGCAUCUUUUCUUAUGUAUUUUUUUUUUUAUCACUGUAAUAAACAUUGAUGCUGUGUAAAUAGA